AUCAACUUCCAUAAAUAAUCCCUGCCAGUAUAGCUUUGCAAAUCCCUACCACCCAUCUCUGGGAAAUAUAGGAAGAAAGUGGAAGAAGAUGCCGAUGGCUCCUACAAGCACUAAAUGCAGUAAGAAAGAAGUGAACAGAGGAGCUUGGACAGCUGAAGAAGACCAAAAGCUUGCUCAAGUCGUUGAAAUUCAUGGCCCAAAGAGGUGGAAAGCUGUUGCUGCAAAAGCAGGUCUCAACAGAUGUGGAAAGAGUUGCAGGUUGAGAUGGAUGAAUUACCUUAGGCCCAAUAUAAAGAGAGGCAACAUUUCAGACCAAGAAGAAGACCUGAUACUAAGGCUACAUAAACUGCUCGGAAACAGGUGGUCAUUGAUUGCCGGAAGAUUACCAGGUCGAACCGAUAACGAAAUAAAAAACUACUGGAAUUCUCAUUUGAGCAAGAAAAUAAAGCAAAAUGAGAAGCAAACCAGAAUGCAAGAACCGGUGCUUGAGAAUUCUAAGGUAAGCGAAAGGGAGGAGCCUCUACACAAGGCGAGUGAAGAAGGUUCGUCCAAGAGAGAUGAAGAGUACUCCACAUCUUGCUUCAAUGGUGAUAGUAGCUUGUUCGAUUUGUAUAACGAGGAGCCUCUAGAGUUGGAGUGGAUGAGUCAUUUCUUUGAAACAGACGAGAUAUGGCUUAACUUAGCUUGAUAUCUACAUUUGUUGGUAAUCCAAGUAAAAUCCUUGAGUUUCAGUUCUGUUAACAAAGGUUUUUCCUUGGAUUAACAAAUAUUAAAAUGUUAUGUUUCCCUUAUUCAAGUAUAAUUCAGAUUAUUAUUGAAUUCUAUUUUCAAAGGUAGAGAAAUGAAAA